AUGUCUCGCAACUUCGCCGCCCUCGCCGUCGUCGCAUCCAGCGUCCUCCUCCGUGUUAGCGCGCAAGGAGCAUCCGUCACAUACACAUCUGGCACACCCCUUGCCAGCAAGCACUUUGAUUACCCGGAUGGCAUCCCCUACCGGGCCGACCCUGACGAUGGUGUCCGUGGGACCCAGUUCGGCUACAACCUCUGCAACUCGACGACAGAGAAUCAGUCUUCGCUCUGCCAGACCGCGUUCAUCAACGCCCUCGAUGAUUUCUGCCUCUGGGCACCUCCCAACGGCCCGGAAACAAUCGGUGAUACCGAGCAGGAGGAAGUUGCGUGGUGCACGAAGCCUGGUCGUGGUACUCGUGUCAUCCCCGAGGGUGCCCUCCAAGGCGUUCAGUUCAUGAAGACUCCCGACUACCUCCAGGUCGUCGGCUUCAUCGAUCAGACGAAGAUCAAUAUGGCUGGCGACGAUUUCGGUGGUGAACUUGACCCCCACGGCGCGGACUUCCGUGGUAACCCUCUGGGUGGUCUCGUCUACUCCAACGGUUUCCCUGCGUCUAACGGUGACAACAACACCUUCAUCCAGGCCAUCGAGUGGCACAACUUCAUGGGAGGUGGAGCGUUCUGCUUCAAGAUCUGCGACCCCGCGGGCGCCCACGCCGCCGACUUCUGCCAGCACAUCUACGACCGUAUUGGCUGCGCCUACAACGCGCCCAACAACGCCCAGAACGGUUCCUUCACCAGCUGUGAAGGCGACGACCAGGACUUCCCCGGCGUCUACACUUCCAACGGCCAGGUCCUCACCUACACCCAGCCCCCGGAGUCGCUCGGCGUCAUCUCCACGCUGCCAUACCAGCCCCGCGUUCCCGCGUCAUCCAAUUGCCUGACCUUCAGCUCGGCGGACCUCUUCGCUGCUGCUGCUACUACGACCGCCUCCUCCUCGGCCUCUGCAUCGGGGUGA